AUGGAUCCAGAAGUUGAUUGUAAGAAUUCUCCAAACACCAACAUUCUGAUUCAAUCAAUAGAAAACACACUAAAUCAAGAGCUCAUUCAAGAGAAAGAAAUUAGAUCAACAGAAGAACAUAUCAUACCGGCAACAAUUUUAGAUACCGUGAAAGAAUUCAGGAAAUUCGUGAUAUUUUGGACUACAAGCCAAGUACUGGACUGGAAAAGGUCAUUUGGUGGUCGGAAUUCGUUGUUGCCACAGUUGAUUUUUCUUGGAGUGUCCUUGUUUCCCACAUACAGCCACCAAAAAGUCUUCCAUCCCAUAUGGUACGAACUAUCCUUACGAGGCCACGAAGUCACCGUCUGUACUACAUUCCCCUUAAACGACCCAAACCUAACCAACCUAACCGAAAUUGACAUAAGCUUCCAGCACGACAACACACAACACGCACCCCCAGAUUUUUUGUCCAAAGAAAUCAACAUGUUUCAAGAUUUCCACAACAUUGUUAAUUACUUCGACUUCAUAGCCGAGACUGCACUCAACCACCCACGAUUCAAAAACUUCCUAGAGACUCGUGCCGAAAAUUUUGACCUUAUUAUCCUGGAAUGCUUUUACCCAGUUCUGUAUGGCCUAUCCCGGAAAUUUCAAGCCCCCACAGUUUGUGUAUCGUCUUUUGGAGCUCUAACGGUUUUUCAAGACGUGGUGGGUAAUCCAAGCCACCCCACUUUGUAUAGAGAAUUUUUCGUAACUUUGCACCACCUAGAUCUUGACUUGUGGCACAAAAGCGAGUUGUUUUUAUUGAAUUUGUGGUCACGAUUUUGGUACGAGUUUGUGGUACUAGCACGUGGUGCAGUACUAGCAAAGUCGGUGUUUGGGUACGACAUAGGAGACACUCUAGACGGGAAAAAAAGUGUGAAGUUGUUGCUCCUUAAUGUUAAUCGAGUGGUGUAUGAUCCUAGACCAAAUGUGCCAGCGGUACUAGAAUUGGGACUAAUGGGACUUAAAUCCAAAGAAACUUUGACAGAAGAUCUACAAACAUUUCUAGAUGAGGCUAAAAGUGGUGUGGUCUACUUUAGUUUAGGCACGAUGGUCCACCUUGAAGGUUCUUUAAUAGGUCGAACGAUUCUAGAAGGCUUAGCUCGAGUACCAUACAAAGUGAUCAUUAAAUGGAACUGUAGCUCUUUGAUUCAUAAUUAUACCAACAUUCUAUGUAGGGAGUGGCUACCUCAAAUACAAAUUCUAGAACACCCAAAUUUGAAGGUGUUUGUGACUCAAGGAGGUCUACAGUCUUUGGAAGAGUCUAUAUCUGCAGGGACCAACCAAUGA